GUGCGCGCGGCCCGGGCGGCGCGGCGGCGAGACCGCGGCUUGGCAGCCGGGGCCAUGGCUGGCGUGGUGGACUUCCAGGACGAGGAGCAGGUGAAGUCCUUUCUGGAGAACAUGGAGGUGGAGUGCCACUACCAGUGCUACCGCGAGAAGGACCCGGAUGGUUGCUAUCGGCUCGUGGACUAUUUGGAAGGGAUCCGGAAGAAUUUUGAUGAGGCUGCCAAGGUGUUGAAGUUCAACUGUGAAGAGAACAAACACAGCGAUAGCUGCUACAAACUGGGGGCCUAUUAUGUGACUGGAAAAGGUGGACUGACUCAGGACCUGAGAGCUGCCUCCAGCUGCUUUCUGAUGGCGUGUGAGAAGCCUGGGAAGAAAUCUGUGGAGGCAUGUCACAACGUUGGUCUCCUGGCGCAUGAUGGACAGGUCAAUGAAGAUGGCCAGCCCGAUUUGGGGAAGGCCAGAGACUACUACACAAGGGCCUGUGAUGGCAGCUAUGCCUCCAGCUGCUUCAACCUCAGUGCCAUGUUCCUGCAGGGUGGCCCCGGCUUUCCCAAGGACAUGGGCCUGGCAUGUAAAUACUCAAUGAAAGCCUGUGACCUGGGCCAUGUCUGGGCCUGUGCCAAUGCCAGCCGCAUGUACAAGCUGGGGGAUGGCGUCGAUAAGGACGAAGCCAAGGCUGAGGUGCUAAAAAACCGGGCCCGGCAGCUGCACAAAGAACGGCAGAAACACAUUGAGCCUUUAACGUUUGGGUAGUGAGGCCCACCCUCUUCUCAACAAGCAGCUUGGGGCUGGCACCUCUUAUUUCUGAAGCAGCUCUUGGAGGUCAACCUGCUGGAGCAGGAAGACUUGAGACCUAGUGUCAGUAGCUCUGGUUACACAGACCCGUUGCCCCAGAGUGUCACCUACUGGGACGUAGCCUGAAAUGCUUAUUUCAGUCCGUUUUCCUUUAUCUGGUGUGUUCUGUGAAGACACCCACGUUUAUGGGCUCUUAGUUCUCAGACUCUUGUAGCCUUGUGAAAAACCGCAAACUAGAGAGUCACAGAGAUUGGGGUGGGGUGGGGAGGAGAGGCGAAGAGCAGGAAGUUGGGAAAAUUUGCAGCCACAGGGCCUGAAGGAAUCAGACGUUAUUAGUAGUUGGGAGGGUUUGAAAAUCAAAAGGUAACUUGACUUACAUGUUAGAGGGCUUAAGGAGCUGAGAACACUUAAAUAGUUAGCACUGCCACCCUUUAAGUGGAGCCCACGCCAUAUGUAAUCACUGGUGUGGGCUCCAGUUACAACUGUCCCCUCUAACAUAUGUAAUCUUUGCUGUGGGCUCCCCUUUUGCCUUUAGCGUCAGGUAUUUCAAUAAAUGCAGAGAUGGAUGUGCUACAUGCAAGUUAAAGGUCCUUACGCUUCCGAGUUACUAAAGAGGAAACAGCCUUCCUUUAGUGGAGAUGGUCGCAGGUGAAAGUCAGCAUCCCCCUCCGCUCACCUGGUGCUGCUCCUCAUGCUGAGGGAGCAGAUUAUUCCCAAGGUGGCUUCAGCUGGGAAUUUGUAAGCAAGGGCUUUGUGACACAUUUUGUCCCUCAGAACGGAACUUCCUUAACUGUCCCUGUGAAUAAACUAUUUUGAUUGAUUA